UCGUUCUUUCACAUGGUCAUGGGCGAGCCUCAAACAGCCUUCUCACCUUCAUAGCCCAGUCUUGUGUAGAUUGACACUGCCGAUCGUAUUCAGCUGCUCAACUCCUCGUCAGCUGGUCGCUUUGACCUCCGCUUUGUGAUCACUUCAGCCGCAAUCAAAUGGCACUCUGCUAGUAGUAACACAUCACAUAAAAGAUCUGGUGUUCUCCCUGCUUGACUCGCACAGUUCACUCUCAUAACUUAUAUCAUCACAUACUACGCACAGACUUUAUACUAGCAAUCAUGCCAGCUUCCAACAAGGUCCGUGUCGCCGUCACCCAACACGAACCCGUCUGGCUGGAUCUGCACGCCACCGUCGAUAAAACCUGCCGAUUGAUCGCCGAGGCGGCAGGCAAUGGCGCCCAGCUAAUCGCUUUCCCCGAAUGUUGGCUACCGGGGUAUCCAGCAUGGAUCUGGUGUCGCCCCGUCGACAUGGGCCUGUUCACCACUUACCUCAAAAACUCCCUCUCGUAUGACUCGGAGCACAUGCGCCGCAUCUGCAAUGCCGCUGCCCAGCACAAGAUCACCGUCGUCCUGGGUUUGUCGGAGCGCGAUGGCAACUCCCUCUAUAUCGGCCAGUGCACAAUCGAUUCCACAGGCAAGAUCGUGAUGCGUCGGCGCAAGAUGAAGCCCACUCAUAUGGAACGCACCGUGUUCGGCGAAUCUUCCGGGCGGAGUCUUCUAAACGUCGUCGAUCUGCCGAUUGGUAAAGUGGGUGCCCUCUCGUGCUGGGAACACAUUCAACCACUGCUCAAAUAUCACACCAUGAUCCAAGGGGAGGAAAUCCAUGUCUCCGCCUGGCCAGUUCUACAUCCCCAUAUGGGGGGCGAGUCACUCUGGGGCAUGUCGCAGGAAGGUGGAAUGGGUGCAUCUCAAGUAUAUGCGCUGGAGUCGGCAUCAUUCGUUCUGCUCACGACCGCCGUGCUGGGUCCCAGCUGCGUCGAGAAGAUGAACUUGUCUCCGCCGUGGGAUACCCUGGGAGGAGGCGCGUCCGCCGUCAUCGCCCCUGAUGGCCGCCGGCUGACAGAGCCAUUGCCCUCUAAUGAAGAAGGAUUCGUGUAUGCAGAUGUGGAUCUGGAUUUAAUCUUGUCGUGCCGGCACUUUGUGGAUGCCUGUGGCCAUUAUAGCCGUCCCGACCUGUUGUGGCUGGGGGUCGACACGCGCGAGAAAACACAACACCGACCGGAAGGACAGGCAGACAUCGCCACAAGCAAUCCGGAUACUUAUUCAGGCCCUGUUGAAGAGGAAAGUACCUGAGGCUAUCCCUGCUUUAACUGGCCUGCAUCGGAGCCCCGCAGAAGAUAUACAAUACCAGUGGUGGACUCAGCAAACACGUUCCUUAUUUCAGCCACUCUGACCAUGUCUUGAAAAUAAAUUAAUACGAAUGAAAAAAAGUACUGAAUCUAAGACCAUGUCCCAUGUGGCGUACUUUUCUUCGAGCACCUCUGGAUUUAGAUGUCACUCAGACUAAGCAAUGUUUGCUUCUCCGGUCGGCACCAAGUGCAGCCCGGAAGACAACCGGAUAAAUCUGGGAUGAGCUAACAUGAUGCUGCAGCUCAACUGCUAAUGGUCCUGCCGAUCAGGGCGCUUCUUCACCCGCUCGAGCACCUCUGAUUUGUGGAAUCCCACCACUCCCUGUAGUUCCGUGGCUGCACUCCUCUGUAUUCCUAUGCAAUCGUGUUUUUGCUUCAAUGUAACUCAUUCACACUCUCGGAUAAAUGCAC